AUGCCCAAUAGAAGCCCAGCAGCAGCAGCAGCAGCAACUGCUGCUGCUGCUGCUGCAGAUAAGGAGGACAAGCAGCAGCAGGCCCAGUUCUCGCAUGACGCUGCUGCAACGAGUGAAGCAGCAGCGGCACUCGCAACGUCAACAGCAGCAGCAGCAGCGGCAGCAGAUGAAGCAGCAGCAGCAGACAAAGCAGCAGCAGCAGCAGGUGAGGCAGAAGCAGCAGAUGAGGCAGGAGCAACAGAUGAUGAUGCAGCAGCAACAGCAGGUGCGUCGGGGGGUGUAGCAGCAGCAGCAGCAGCAGCAGCAGCAGCAGCAGCAGCAAGGAAGGCAGCAGCAGCAAGAGCAGCAGCAGAAACGGCAGGAGCAGAGGACCUAGCACCAGCUGCAGAGGGCUCAGCAGCAGCAGCAGUAGCAGCAAAUGGUGCAGCCUCAGCCGCAAAAGAAGAAAAAGUCGCCGAAGCAGCCGAAGCAGCAGAAGCAGCAGAAGCAAUAGCAGAUAUAAUAGCAGCAGCAGCAGCAGCAACAACAACAGCAGAAGAAGAAAAAGCAGAAGGGAGAGCAGAAACACCAGCAGCACCAACAACAGCUAGUGAAGCAGCAGCAGCAGCAGCAACAAUAACAGCAGCAACGACUGAAACAGCAGCAGGCGGUAGAGAGCCCGAACUCUAUGCAGCAGAUGAAACCUUAACAGCAUCCAGCAGCAACAGCAGCAGCAGCAGCAGCAGCAGAACGGGGCACAGGACCUACGCCGGCAAGCUGACUUGUGGCAAUAACAACAGCAGCAGCAGAAGUAGCAGCAGCAACAGCAGCAGCAACAGCAGCAGCAACAGCAGCGUAGACAAGUCCCCAGGGAGCGGGAUCGACUUUCACACACGGAAGCCAGGAAGCAGCAGCAGCAGCAGCAGCAGCAGCAGCAGCAGCAGCAGCCAUCCCGUUCAGGCGCCUUCCAGAAGCAGCAGCAGCAGCAGAAGCAGCAGCAGCGGUGCUCCCGAGCGUCCGAGAAGCGGCAAAUGUACGGGUAGGAGCAGCAGCAGCAGCAGCUGCAGCAGCAGCGGCAGCAGCAGCAGCAGCAGCAGCAACUUUGCUGCUUGGGCAGAAGGGCUUUCUCGCCAGCCCCCUGUCUUGCUAUCAGAAGAAGAUGUUUAUUUUCUAUGCGAAAAAGUAAAAGAAAUCCUUAUAGGUGCAUAA